AUGAAUCUUCCUCCAGAUAAGGUGAAGAUCCUCAGCCAGUAUGACAACGAGAAGAAGUGGGAUCUGAUCUGUGACCAGGAGCGCUUUCAAGUGAAGAAUCCUCCAUCUGCUUAUUUGGAGAAGCUGAAGAGCUAUCUGGAUCAUGGAGGAGUCAGUCGUAAGUUUAAGAGACGUGUGCAGGAAUCCACUCAGAUCCUGAGAGAGUUGGAGAUUUCCCUGAGGACCAAUUACAUCGGCUGGGCUCAGGAGUUCCUAAAUGAAGAGAACCAAGGCUUGGAUGUUCUUGUGGAUUAUCUGUCCUUUGCCCACAGUGCUGUCACAUAUGAUGUGGACAGUUUGGACAAUGGAGUGUUGCCCACAGACAAAAGCAAAAUAGUGGACAAGUCAGUGGAGGAUCUGAGCAGAAGUGCCAGCAACUCCCCCACUCACAGCGCCUCCAAGGCCAGCAAGGGCUUCACAGUCAGAUUCAACUCUCUCCAACACAGGAAAGCCCUGAGGAACUCUCGUGUUGUGCAGACAGACGACGUCCAUCUCUGCAUCAUGUGUUUACGUGCCAUCAUGAACUAUCAGUCUGGGUUCAACCUGGUGAUGAAGCAUCCCUGCUGUGUCAACGAGAUCACGCUCAGCCUCAACAACAGGAACCCACGGACCAAGGCUCUGGUGCUGGAGCUGCUGGCUGCUGUGUGUUUGGUGCGAGGAGGCCAUGACAUCAUCCUCUCCGCCUUCGACAACUUCAAAGAGGUGUGUGGAGAGAAGAGUCGCUUUGAGAAGCUCAUGGAGUAUUUCUGCCAUGAGGACAGCAACAUCGACUUCAUGGUGGCCUGUAUGCAGUUCAUCAACAUCGUGGUGCACUCAGUGGAGAACAUGAACUUCAGGGUCCACCUGCAGUACGAGUUCACCCGCCACGGCCUGGAUGAAUACCUGGAGAAGUUGAAGUUCACGGAGAGCGACCGCCUGCUGGUGCAGAUCCAGGCCUAUCUGGACAAUGUGUUUGAUGUGGGGGUGCUGCUGGAGGACGCAGAGACCAAGAACGCUCUGCUGGAGCACAUGGAGGAGCUGCAGGAGCACAACACACAGGUGCAGCUCAUCAGACAGGUGUAG